CAUGGAGUGAAGGGAGUGGAGGGGAAGGGUGUGACUCUUACACACAAUGUGUCAUAGCGCCCAGGUGAGACCGUGUUUAUAACGCAGCAGCUUGGCAGCAACACAGUUAUAUAGAGCAGAUAACAGAGCUGAUAGCACACACACUGCAGACUUUUUCAUAGGACGAACAAAACAUGAGACUACUUUUACUUUUAGCUGCCAUAGCUGCAGUAUCACAGGCCCAGACUGACUGCUCUCAAGGGGCUUGUUACCCCCCCAGCAAUGACCUCCUGCUGGGCCGGUCUCACCAGCUCCAUGCCUCCUCCACCUGCGGCCUGACGGGCUCCGAGGUGUACUGCACCCCAUACGAACAGAGGAGGAUGAAGUGUUGUCCAUGUGACUCCACCAACCCAAACGCUCGGCUGGCCCACACGGUCCGGGACGUCCUGUCCACCGCCGGACCGCAGAGAUGGUGGCAGUCCAAGAAAGAGGUGACCCCGGUGACCCUCCAGUUGGACCUGGGCAAUCUGUUCCAGCUGGACAACCUGCAGCUCAGCUUUAAGAGUCCUCGUCCCAAUGCCUUAGUUAUAGAGAGGACUCUGGAUGACGGCAAGGGGUGGCAGCCCGCCCUGUACCUGGCUACAGACUGUGCAAAAUCUUUUCCUGGCAUCCCCACAGCAACUCCUCUGACUCUGGAACACACAUACUGCUACACACUGCCCCCUACUGGAGCAAGCCCAUACCAAGAUCACACCAUCCAAUACAGUCCUUUGCGUCAGUAUGCCUAUGUUCCAGCUUCCAAAAGCCAAAAGAUUGAAGAUGUGUCGGGGGUGACGGGGCUGAGGGUGAGGCUCACAGAGCUGGGCGAUGUCCCCCGGGUGCCAGGCAGAGCGCUCAGCAGGUUCUACGCCCUGAAGGAGAUGAAGGUGGUGGGCAGAUGCAUGUGCCACGGACACGCCAACCGGUGCCUGCCAGAGGCCUACAGCAGCCCGCAGGCCAGCGGCAUACAGGUGAAUCCUCAGUGUGACUGCCAGCAUCACACAGCAGGUGUGAACUGUGAGCGCUGUGAUGACCUCUACAACGACCGUCCCUGGAGCCCUGCAGAGGAGGGGGACACACACGCCUGCCAACGCUGUGAAUGUAACAACCACGCUCAGCGCUGCCGUUUCAACCAGGCGGUGUACGAGGCCAGCGGGUGGAAGAGUGGAGGUGUGUGUGAGGGAUGUCUGCACCACACCACAGGGCCAAAGUGUGACCAGUGUGCCCCAGGCUACCAGCCCAACCCCCACAGCCACAUGGACCGCCCUGAUGCCUGCCUACGCUGUGUGUGCAGUGCUGAGGGGACGGUGAACGGGGGCCGGUGUGACGACAGCACAGGUCUGUGUCAGUGUAAGGUGAAUGUUGAAGGGCCCCGAUGUGACCGCUGUAGGAGAGGCUACUACGGACUGAGCACCUCCAACCCUCUGGGCUGCUCCAAGUGUUCCUGCUCUGUGGACGGCUCUCUGACAGAGGUGUGUGACCCGAUCACCGGCCAGUGUCCGUGUCGUCCUCACUUCCACGGCCUGACCUGUGAAGUGUGUUCUAAAGGUUACUGGAAACCCUCUCUGUCAGGACGCUGCACCCCCUGCAACUGUGACCCCACCAGGUCCUACAGCGACACAUGUGACCAGGUGACCGGUCAGUGUCAGUGCAGACCGGGCUUUGGAGGCCGAGGAUGCACCGAGUGCCCCGACAACACGUACGGAGACGCUCUCAUCGGCUGCAAGCCGUGUCGGUGUGAUGCUGAAGGAACACUUCCAGAAGUUUGUGAUAAGCAGACCGGAGUGUGUCUGUGCCGGCCGGGCGUCACGGGGCCCCGCUGCGACUCCUGCAGUCGGGGACACUGCGACUCCUUCCCGGGCUGCACCACAUGUCCCUCCUGCUUCUUCACGCUGGACGCCCAGAGACAGAACCUGAGCUCAGCCCUGGGGAGACUCUCCCCCAGCAUCCCUACCCGUCCUGGAGGUUCUGGUGAUCUUGGAAACUUUGGACCUCGCAUCCGGGUCCUGGAGAACAGCCUGAACCUGAUCCGGGGAUCCAUCUUUCUUCCACUCAAUACCACCACACAGAUCGAUGAAGCUCUGUCCAAACUGGACAAGCUCAGGGACCAGGUGGACAAGGUCAACAAUGAGCUGUCACCCAAGGAAAGAACUCCUGGUCUGGGCUCAGAGCUGGACAAACUGCAGGCUCUGCUGGACAGUCUCACUCUGCAGUACAAAGCCAAGAAAGAUGCAAAGGACAACUCCGUCACUCAAAACAAUUCCGGAGCUUUUUCUACCAUCAAGAACGCCUACAACGAGUCUACCGAUGCAGCUAAGAAAGUGGAUGACAGCAAAACCCCAGUAAAGGAAUCAGCUGAUCUCAGAAAAGAGACGAAUGACAUUCGCGACCAAAUACAGCCCGCCAACACCGGAGACAUAGCCUCCCGACCGGACCUCACUCCUGCUGCCAGACAGGUAUGUGGCAGUGUCCGCUCAGAGCCCUGCACCCCUCUGAAGUGUGAGGGUGAAGACUUGUGUCCUCCGGAGGGAACCCCACCUUGUAAAAAGGGCGAAAAGUGUGUGGGCGCCCUGCCGCUCAGCAAGAGGGCCGACGCUGAUGUGAAGGAUGUGAAGGAGCGACUGGACCGGCUCUCUGGGAAGAUCACCGACGCUGCAGAGAAGCUCCAGGAUGCACAGGAAAACACCAAUCAGGUGAGACUGACUGCAGAGAAGCUGUCCAAUAAGAUGAAGCAGGCCAGAGAAGAUCUAGAAGACGACUUGAAGGAGACACGUGACGUUGUGAAAGAUCUCAAGGAUUUCCUAUCAGACCCUUCCUCCAACCUGACCCACAUCCAGGAGGUGAGCGACUGGAUCCUGAAAGCCAAAUUACCUCUCAACCUGGAGGCUCUGAAGAGGAAGCUCAAGGAGCUGAAGGACCUGGCCGCCAACCUGCCUGACAGCACGGCCGUGCUGAAGGAGGCGGAGCCACAGCUGGAGACAGCCAGGAAACUGCUGCAGGAAGCCAAGGACGCCAGGGAUACGGCACUAGGAGUAAAGGACGGUGUGGAUAAUUUGCUAGGAGGCAUCGUCUCGGAGGAGGGCUCCCUCGCUGACCUGGAUGUCAAACUGCAGAACAGCAUGGAUCUCAUAGAGAACCUGAGCGACAACCUUAACAAGACCAAAGAGCAGCUGAUCCCGGCGGAGAAGACUCUGGAUGAUGUGUCAAAACUGAUAAAGCCGAUGCAGCCUCAGCUGGACGAGCUUAAAGAGCUGCUGAAGAACGGAGGCCAGCUGGCUGAGGAUGCACAGGAAGACGCAGAAAAGGCUCAAGAUGAGGCAGAUGCUGCUGAAGAGGACCUGGUGCUUUUGGAGGAGAAGCUGCAGCAGCUGAAGGACAAGGCUGCGGCCAAGGGCCCGGAGGGGGGGGCGGGGCCCCUGGGGGACAGGCUGGCCAAGUUAAAGCAGGACGCUGGAGAUCUGGCCAACACCACCGACACCAUGACCGAGGCUCUGGAAGGUAAAGCCGAGUCCCUCAGGUUGCUGCAGGACGAGAUCCUACAGAAGUCCUCAAAGCUUGAAGGGCUGGAUGUCAAGCUUAAAGAUCUUUUGGAAAAGCUUCGUCUGAAAUCUGCCAUCUGCCAUGGCUGAGAGGCCCCCCCC